AUGACUGAGCUUUGUCCCGUCUACGCGCCGUUCUUCGGCUCCCUCGGCUGCACUUCAGCCAUCGUCUUCACCUGCUUCGGUGCCGCCUAUGGAACCGCUAAGGCUGGUGUUGGUGUCUGCUCCAUGGGUGUCCUUCGCCCCGACCUGAUCGUUAAGAACAUUGUCCCCGUCGUCAUGGCGGGUAUUAUUGGUAUCUACGGUCUCGUCGUGUCGGUUCUGAUUGCAAACAACCUUGCCCAACAAGUUCCCCUCUACACCUCGUUAGUCCAGCUCGGUGCUGGUCUUGCUGUCGGUCUUGCCGGUUUGGCAGCUGGUUUCGCCAUUGGUAUCGUCGGAGACGCUGGUGUCCGCGGAACAGCCCAGCAGCCAAGACUCUACGUCGGAAUGAUUCUUAUUCUCAUUUUCGCUGAAGUUCUGGGUCUUUACGGUCUUAUCGUUGCCCUUCUCAUGAACUCUCGCGCUACCCUCGACGCCAAGUGCACUCUCUAG